GGACAGAUAUUUUACAAGGCAAAACAUGGGACAAAUAGUUCAAUUUCAAAUUCCAACUACCUAACUUCUCUGUGUCUUGCUAUGGCAACUUUUACUUCUUUUGCUAUCAGAAUUCCCAAUCUUCAGUCCAGCGACCGACGUUCUAUUUUCCAGCCAAAUGGUAGUCAGAAAAUACAUAAGCUGUUGCGAUGCAAUGCUGAAAACUCAACAAGUAACUCAUCCAACAGUACUAGCACUAGCAGCCAGGAUUCUGAACCCGACAAUUUGCUGCUGAAGAUGGCUUGGUAUGGUUCUGAAUUUCUUGGCAUUGCUGCAUCCUUUUUCCGUUCUCCGACGGAUGCUGAAGUUUCUUCUGAGGGAAAUUUGGAACUUGAAAUUGAUGAGUCUGGACUUGUUGAUCGUGCCCUUGUGGCUGAUACCAUUAAAGCUGACUUCCAAAGAUCCUACUUUGUUACAGGAAACCUGACCCUUAAUGCAUAUGAAGAGAAUUGUGAAUUUGCGGAUCCAGCAGGUUCUUUCAAAGGGCUUAGUCGGUUUAAAAGGAACUGCACUAAUUUUGGUUACCUUGUGCAAAGAUCAAAUAUGAAACUCAUGAAAUGGGAGGACUUUGAGGAGAAGGCGAUUGGUCACUGGCGUUUCAGUUGCGUACUGUCAUUUCCUUGGAAGCCCAUUCUUUCAGCAACUGGUUAUACAGAAUACUAUUUCAAUGAGAAAUCUGGAAAGGUAUGCAGGCAUAUAGAGCAUUGGAAUGUCCCAAAGAUGGCUCUUCUGAAACAAAUCAUAAGGCCUAGUAAGGGAAUAUGGCAGAAAAAGGCCAGUGGUUGAAGUAGUAAUAGCUAAUGAUCCCUGUAAAUUACAAGCCUCAAACUGGCUCAAAAACACGACAUGAACAAGAAGAAUAUAGACAGUACCAAUCCCCACUAGAUUUAUACUUUUUAAGGGGAGGAAGGUCUGUUAUGAGAAUGGUGUCGGAAAAGUAUUAAGGAUGAGAAUCAACACUCCUGGAACAUGUGCCCUUGCGCAUUAAGGUCAAUACAAGUGUUUCAGAAGUAGGGGAUAGAUUUUUCUUGCAGCAUUUCACGACCAAUAUAAACUUUGGCCUUUAGAUAAGAAGUCUCCCUUUGAGUGUUAAGUCUUGCAGUUGGUCAUAUAUAUCAUCACAUAUGUUGAAUGAACUAGGCUUUAGGUACAUAUUAAAUACAGAGAGUGUGCAAGUAUCUGAAAUAAAUUUGUAGAGUUUUUUAUUAAGUGUAUUUAUAUUGUUUAGGCCGGUUCAACAGAUUCACACAUACAAUUAUGCUGGCUCAUGAGGAAUAUAGAGAGAAUUAGACGCAUUCUCCCUUAUACUCUGAAUGUUGUUAUUCUUCUUAGAAUAGAAAGAGUUACUAUUAUAUUGUUCGAGUGAUAGUA